AUGGCGCGCCGACGCGGCGUGCCAUCACCCGUCAACAGCGACAGCGAAGAUGACAGCGAGGAAGACACGAUGGACGUGGAUGAUGGUGAUGAUGAUGAUGAUGAUGAUGAUGGUGAUGAUGGCAGUGACACGGCCUCCGAUUCCAGCGGAGAGACCGACCUGACGGAUCCGGCUGAUUAUGGGGAAACCGGCAAGAAUGACACCAGCGAUCUGGCUGAGCUCCUGGCAGACGACGAGCAUCCUCCGGAGUACUAUAUUGAAAUGAUGAACAACCUGGAUGAAUCCUUACUCCAGUACGAUGAAUACGCGCCUACCUCUCUGAAACUGCUUGACCGCAUCGAGCAGGAAUGGUUUAAAUUCUGCGCCUACGUCAAGCAGAACCCAAAGGAGAUGUAUCAGCAGAUGGAUGUACAUAAGCUCUACACUUUCUUCAACUGGGUUCUGAACCAACGUCGCGGCAAGAAUGGGAGACGACGGCAGGGCCUCAAAUACCGGAGCUCCCUGGAGACGUACUGGAAGAUCUUCCGUUUGGUCUACGAGAGGGAGAUGCAGGAGAAGAUUGACCGGGAGACGUCGCGGAGGAUGAUCAAAAAGGUGAUCCCAAAACUGGCGAAGCUGUAUCGUCUCAAGAAGGGGCGCCGGAAGAAGUCGGUUGUCUAUCUGGACGACCUCGUUAGGAUCGUCGAAACGACCCUCACCACCACCAAGAAGAAGUUCGGUCACGGCCGGCAACGGAUCGUACUCUGCCUGUACUUCCAGCUUGCCGGAUUCUCAGCCAAUCGACCGCAGGCGUUGCUGAAUCUGUGCUACCGGCAGAUCAAGAUAACCCUCCUGAGGGACCCCAACGGCGGGCCCAAUAACAUACUGAUCGAGUUCACUGUUGAAUUCGCCAAAACGUUCCUUGGAGACAAGGAGGAGACCACAUUCGUCGUCCCGGAGAUCAUCUUCGAUCCGUCUCUGAUCCUCAGCCCACAUGUCUUCCUCCUGGGGCUCCUGUUCGCCGAUCGCGCAUUCGCCCUUCUAGGCGGAGAGAGGGUUCUCACUUCGGCACGACAACUCAUCGACCUGAAGAUACCGGAAGGUAUCAACCAGCUCGAGCUCCACUUGGACCCGGCCCUGGACGAUGUCCCGGUGUUCCGGAAGUCGGAGCGGACGCUGGAAGGGAUCGAGAUAUCCGCCACUGAAGCUCUGACGUACGCCACCAUCAACCUGUGGAUCAAGAGGAUCGGGGAGAUAGCCGCGUUCCGUGACAUCGUUCGACCGUACAGUCUGCGAUAUGGCGCCGGCAAGGCGCUAGAUGACAGCGGGCACAUCAGCGAAGCGGUUCGCAGUCUGAUCUUCCAGCACUCGGACCCGCGUACGUUCAUCAAAUACUACCUCCACAGGAAGGUUACCAAGGACAUUCGCUCCAUCGUGCAGGGUCUGGACCCGCAGGAACAUAUCAUGAACGCCGCGUUGCGGAUGCUGCGCUCCGUCGAUCCGCGCCGGCCGCAGGAACUGACCACGGCCCAGUCGAGGUCGGUCAACCGGCAACCCCACAUCCAGGAGCUUAUCCGGAAACGCGAUAUGCUCAGCAGACGUCUUGGGCGACCACUCAAGCGGCACAAAGGGACCGUCGCCUACGAGCUCCACAAGAAGAUCAGCCGUGAGCUGGCAGGCGCACGCCAGCGGGCGAGGGACGAACUUCUCCGUGACAUACAGGGAAAAUAUGACUUCGAGGAGCCCCUGCGCGAGAUCAAACGACAGUUGUCCGGGAUCGAGGUCUCAAAGGCAUUCAAUGAGUCUCUGAACACCAAUGGGAGUGCGCCGCCGCUGCCGCACAAACGACUGACCUCGGCGGUUCUCACCCUCCCCUGCGAGACGCUGCGGGACGAGAUGCUUCGACGCACCGAGUCGAUGGACGCGGUUGCGGAAUACUCUCUCUUCGAGGAGGGGGAUACAUCCCGACUGCCGCACGACAAGAGACCUACCACCCUGGCGCUUCAGAAAGUCAGGGUGGAGGUGCACGUUCCUCCAGCUCCCAGCCAGAGGGAGAUCGCAGCGGAGGCCGUGAUGAAGCACCAUCGGCCACUCUACUGCUUCAUCUGCCUGGAUAAAUUCUCUACCCACGGUGGGGUGACCAAGCACCUCGGACGAAAACACCUCCAGUGCAUCAAGCCUGGAGACACGAUCAGAUGCCCGCGCUGUGAAGUGGUCCUCGAGAGCAAGAUGGAGCUUCAGAGCCACGCCUACCAUGUCCACAGCACGGUUAGCCCAGAAGACCCGUAG